CAAGGGGGGUGAGCUGACACACCAAAGCUAAGGAAUGAGAGACAUUCCUCAUGGGGGUGGUCCUUAGGCAAAGCCUCCCCUUUUAUAUCACAGCCCUGCUGGAGACAGCCCUCAUUUCUUCUUCCUCUUACCUGAGUCACCUUUUGGAGCUUUGGAGUUGAGCAUCAUGGGAACUCCAAAUGAUCAGGCUGUGUUGCAGGCCAUCUUCAACCCUGAUACCCCAUUUGGAGAUGUUUUUGGGUUUGACCUGGGAGAGGAAGUAGAGAAGGAAGAAGCAGAUGAAGUAUCCUUACCUGGCUUCUUCCCUGGCAUGGAUGGAGUUUUCCCUGGAGCACAGCUGGAGCAGUCCAAGGCCCUAGAGCUGCAGGGGGUGAUGGCAGCAGAGGCUGGGGACCUCAGCACAGCCCUGGAGAGGUUUGGCCAAGCCAUCUGCCUGCUGCCUGAGAGAGCCUCAGCCUACAACAAUCGCGCUCAGGCCCUGCGGCUCCAAGGAGAUAUGGCAGGUGCCCUGGAAGACCUGGAGCGCGCCCUGGCCCUGAGCGGCGGCCGGGGUCCCGUCGCCCGCCAAGGCUUCGUGCAGCGCGGGCUCCUGGCGCGGUUGCAGGGGCGGGACGACGACGCACGCAGGGACUUCGAGCAGGCGGCACGGCUGGGCAGCCCCUUCGCUCGGCGCCAGCUAGUGCUGCUCAACCCGUACGCCGCGCUGUGCAACCGCAUGCUGGCCGACAUGAUGGGGCAGCUGUGCUGCCCCCGCAACGGACACUGAACGCGUCAGGCCGGGGACGGGAGGGGGCCUGAACCAAUAAAGCUGCGGAGUCUCACCCACUG